UGUGGAGAGUUCUGUUCUAUAGAAGCAACCCGUAAAGCUGAACAUGUGCGAAUGUGGGUGCGUGUUUGUGUGAGGAUUAAACGUUUAAUGAUUCGAGGUUUAUUUAGCUCGGAAUAAGACAUGCAUUGGAAUGCUUUCGUAGCAUAUUUUGCGAUUGCCUCCUGUGUCACGCACGGGAAUCUCGAGCCGUUUCUGGAGAGCACGGAAACGCACAUCCGGACAAAGGAGGGCUCCUCGGCCAUCCUCACGUGCAUCGUGACCAACAUGCAACAGAACAGGAGGGUUAAAUGGUACACUCCCGACGGCAACACAAUCAGUAUCAACGACAAAAUAUACACGUCGGACCGCCGGAUGUCGAUAUUGCAGCCGCUUCCGGGCACGUGGUCUCUCCGGAUACAAGGGGUGCGACAGCGGGACUCGGGACUGUACCGUUGCAUUCUCGACACUGAGCCCGUACAAACAAAGAACGUAAAUCUGCACGUGCAAGUUCCUCCGCGAAUUUCUGCCUCGGACCAUACCUCGGUUGGGGUCGGUAAACGCUUGGAGUUAUGGUGCAAUGUGACCGGCGAACCCACACCAGAAGUGAGGUGGUUCAAAGACAACACUCCAUUACUAGAGCAUACGUCAGAGCAUUGUAUUGUCGAGUCUACAAGCAUGCGCGAUAAAGGUGCCUACGAAUGUGUUGCUGAAAAUGGCGUCACACCAUCUGCAACUGCCAACAUAAAUGUCGACAUUUUAUUUCCACCUAACGUGACGUGCCUCAUUGAACGGAUAGGCCAGUUCGUAAACAGACAAACGAAAAUUGAAUGCAAAGUUGUCGCCAACCCGGAAGCUACAGUCACGUGGUAUCACGACGCAACGCCGUUGAAACAAACGUGGAAAUAUAGAAUAGAAAGCUUUUCGGAAGAUGGAGAGACCAGACACUCACUUUCAAUAACCACGUUAGAGAGGUUUGACUUUGGAAAAUAUAUAUGUUUUGCAACGAACUCCGAAGGUUCCGGUUCCUCCGCUACCCAUGUUUAUGAGUCGACUCCAACUACGAAAUCCGUUCCCACGCCAAGUAUCCAUUCGUCCUCUAACCCACAAAUUUCUGCAACGUAUACAUACGUGAUAACGACACACUCGUCGGAACAAGUUGCUGGACAAUCAAACAGUGCUUCCAUAACAAUUUACCGAUGUCCAUACGUCAUAUUGACAGUAGCACUUAUAUGGAUUGAAUCGAAUCACGCAUAAACUUGAUAUCUGUGUUAUAGAUUUGUCUUCCAUUUUGUAUACUUUAACUUUAAAUGAUAUGUCGUAUACUAUUCAAUGUAAUGUAUUUAAACUAUAAACAUGCGUACUUAUAUAUGUUUAAAUGUAUGACAAUACAUUAAUAACCACUGUGUAUAGGCACAUUAUAUUAUGAACUUUUUAUGGACUAUUUGUGCAUACCUUUAAAGUAGAAUAUGUUAUGUGUACAUGAUAUAAGAAUGUGAUAUUACCGUAGAAUUCUUCAAUAAGCAUCUGUUUAUUGUUUAAGAUUGGCAGCAGAAAUUUAGCGUAUAUUGGACUGCAUUUCUUAGCACUGGCAUUGCGGACAACUUGCUUGGACCUUUGAGCCUCACUCUGGGAAAAGGGGGUUUAUGCACGUUCGUAAAAUGUCGUACCAGAUUAGACUGUGCAGUCCGAACAGGCUAAUCAGAGAAGCCAUUUACAGCGUUUAUGUGCUUUCUUUUAAAGGAAGUCUAUUCUACACGGAAAAAAAACAGUUGAAAUAGUAUAGGCAAAAAGUGUCGUCUCAUAUUUUAUCUGGAAAGACGCUUUACGCACAUGCAUGAAGCCAAGUUUUCCUAGACUCAUAUGCCGACUGAUUGGUUUCAUUCCGUGUUGACGUGGUUACGGGUUUGAAGUUUAGGGGGGGGGGGGGUGACGAGGACAUAUUGUUAUGUUACCCAAAUCACACUAGUCACGGACAUGCUCCCCCGCGAUUUGUGAGCAAAAAUGCAUUUUUUAAAGAUACCAUAAUUACUAUUUUGCUAUUUAUCUGUACCAAACCUUAAGACGAAAAGUUGCACAUUAAACUAUAUGCUUUCAGUG